AGAUUGCCAUUUAUUCGGACAGAAUAAGAUUGUUUAAACACUUGCGCACAAUAAUUCUACCUAAGGCGGCCGAAUCUACAGGUGGUUGUUUACAAACGACAUGGAGAAAGGAGUUGUUUGCGUAACCGGAGGAACAGGAUAUGUAGUUUCUUGGCUCAUCAUGAGGCUUCUUCAACAUGGUUAUGCUGUUAACACCACUACUAGACUUCAUCAUGCAGGAUCACUUUUAGAUCAGAAGAAGGAUAUUAGCUACCUAACAAACCUGCCAGGAGCAUCGGAGAGGCUUCGGAUCUUCACUGCAGAUCUUGACAGACCAGAAAGUUUUAAUGAUUCGAUUCAAGGUUGCGUUGGAGUGUUUCAUCUUGCUCAUACUAUUGAUUUUGAGGUGAAAGAAGAUGUAGAAACAAUCACAAAAAGAUCAAUCAAUGCAACCAUAAGCAUUUUACAGGCAUGCCUUGAUUCAAAAACAGUGAAGAGAGUUGUGUACACUUCAAGCGCAACCACAGUGAUGUUUAGUGGAAAAGAUUUGGGUGUACUGGAUGAGACGUUAUGGACCGACGUGGAUGUUGUUAGAUCUCUAAAGACGGUAAGAGAAUCAUACUACAUUUCUAAGACGCUAACCGAAAGAGCAGCAUUAGAAUUUGCAGAAACACAUGGACUGGAUCUUGUCACUGUACUUCCACCUUUUAUACAUGGUCCUUUCAUCACGCCUCAUUUCCCAGGCUCAGUGCGCACUUCAAUGUCAAUGAUAAUCGAUGAUGAUAAUCCAUUUGAAUUUCCUGGUAUUACCUCCUUCGUUCAUAUGGAUGAUGUGGCUACUGCACAUAUCUUCCUUUUUGAAUAUCUGAAUGCUAGAGGAAGGUACAUUUGCUGUGGAGCUGAUAUUACCCUUGAAGAUUUUCCUAACUUUCUUAGAGAAAGAUAUCCUGAAUAUGAAGUAUCAUUAGCGAGCCAUCAUUGUGUUCUUUCAAGGUUCCAAAAGCUCAAAGAUUCUAAAAUUGUUCGACUUUCUUCAAAGAAGCUGUUGGACACUGGAUUUAUAUUUAGACACGGACUCGAGCAAAUGUAUGAUGAUGCAAUUGAAUGCUGCAAACAGAAGGGUCUUCUCUGAUCCAUGCUUGGUAAAGUUCUUGAAUGCUUAAUAGCUUUGGAGCAGAACUGAAAAGCCUAAAAAGUCUGAGAAGCUCUAAAAAAAUUAGUAGUUAACAGGAUUCAAGUAUGCAGAACUGCAGAUUUCAGUUUCUUUUCAAUAACAAUGGCGUCAUGUCAGAUUUCACAAACUACUAUUGAGACGAAAGCGUACUUCAAAAGUUUA